AUGACAGAUAUCCAAACAGAUGAAAAGGGUGCUUCGAAUCCUGCCACUUCGAGUGCAGCAGAAAAGGAAAAAGAGACACCAUCCACAUCACCUGCUGAGAAAAAUAAGCCACCAAAUUACAAAAGGAUAUCGGACGAUGAUAUAUAUAGGCACUCUUCCCAGUAUAGAAUGUGGUCGUACACUAGGGAGCAACUUCAGGAAAAAAGGAUAGAUACAAAUGCUCGAGCGGUAGCCUACAUUGAAGAGAAUUUAUUAAAAUUUAGAGAAGCGCACGAUCUAGCAGAGGAAGAAAUGAAGGUACUAGAGGCAAAGGCUAUACCUUUGACAAUGGAGGAAGAGCUGAAUUUAGUGAACUUCUAUGCAAAGAAAGUUCAGGUAAUAGCCCAGCAUUUGAAUUUGCCAACUGAAGUUGUCGCUACCUCGAUAUCAUUUUUUAGACGUUUUUUCUUGGAGAAUUCGGUUAUGCAGAUUGAUCCUAAAAGUAUUGUGCAUACCACAAUAUUUUUGGCCUGUAAAUCAGAGAACUACUUCAUUAGUGUAGAUUCAUUUGCCCAAAAGGCUAAAUCAAAUAGAGAAAGCAUUCUCAAAUUUGAGUUUAAGCUGCUAGAAUCAUUGAAAUUUUCACUAUUGAACCAUCACCCUUACAAACCGCUCCAUGGGUUCUUCUUAGAUAUUCAAAAUAUUCUUUAUGGGAAGGUAGAUUUAAAUUAUAUGGGCCAAAUAUACGAUAGAUGCAAAAAAAGAAUAAGCGGAGCAUUAUUAUCCGAUGUCGUGUAUUUUUAUACUCCUCCUCAAAUAACGCUAGCGGCACUUUUGAUUGAGGACGAAGCUUUGGUCACAAGGUAUUUAGAAAUGAAAUUUCCCAAUGUGGAAGGUAUCCAGGAACCAGAAGCAAAAAACAUGACGAAAGAAGCUCAGAAUGAUACUAGCAAGACAGAGAAAGACAAGAAGCAAAACACGAAAGAUGAAAAAUCUUCAAUAGAUGCUGUAAAGUUGUUGGCUGUGAUACGCGAGUGCAAAGACCUUAUUGAAGAGCCCAAUCCCCUAAGUACUGAAGACGCGAAGAGAAUCGCAGCAAAAAAUUAUUAUUGUCAAAAUCCAUCAAGCCUAGUCCAAAAAUUGAAAAGAAAAAUGAAUGAAGAUACUUCCACAGCUGAGAAAAGACAAAAGAUAUAA